AUGAAUAUAGUUCAAAAAGGGCAUGAGUUUAUUCAAGAGAGAUCAUGUCUUCACUUUCGAGAGCACGACCCAGUUGCACUAGCCAGACAGACUAACAUCACUUACCUGUAUUAUACCUUCUCUGAAGUUUUGGAGAGCUGCUGCUUAAAGUUCUAUAACAAACCACGUGGUCGAAGGCUAGUACUUAUCACGCCGCUGUGUAAGUUGCCAGCUCAAGCGGGUCAUGCUACUCUUCACGCCAUGGGAUUGCAUCAUGAGAAGAAAUUUGGGUUUCGAGACAACGAGGCUAAAGCGGUCAUGUUUCCAGACAAAUGUGCUCAACGAAUUGAUGCUUUAAAAAUAUUUGAAGAAACUUUGGAUGAUUUGUCACUACAGAUUCAUUCAAAUGGACGUUGA